AUGAAAUCAGACAUCAUCUCCGCCCUCGCGGGUACCUACGCUCUUUUGAAUGUCACGGUCAUCACCCAAAAUGGUACGGCCCUGUUGGACGAGGCGUACGGCGCCGCGCCAGUAGGACACCUAACCUACACACCUGAGGGCUGGAUGUCAGCCACAAUAACGGCCACAGAGCCGGAGUGGCGGCCCCUGGACCUCACCUUUCCGGCGCAGCCGAACCAGACGGACGCAGAAUGGGCAGCCGUCGGCAAGCAGUAUGUAGACAGGCCAAACCUGAAAUUUUUCUCCAUCUUUCCUAUCUGUCACCCUCUAUCCCAGACCCUUCAGGCUUGUGCUGACUCCACGCUCCUCACGCCCAGCCUGCUGUGCUACGCAGGCCCUCUAUCCGUCAGCGACGCCAUUCCCGCCAGCAACGUCUCGGGCCAGGUGAUCCACGGGCCCCUAGACGUGGCCACCAUCCCAGCCUGGGUCGGAACCAGCCAGCUCAGGAACUACACCGUGUUCGAGGAUGCCGAUGGAGAGACCUUGCUGAGGAUCACCUCGCCACGGCCAACCGGGACUGCAAACCUGUGGUGGCGGAAGCUGCCUUCUCGGCUGUGA